GCCAAGUCAGAGAAGCGGCCCCAAAUUUGCCGUCUGAUCAGCAGUGCACAUGGGAGUGCACAUUUGAAUGGCUUCUAAUCGCAUGCUUCGCAACCCCCGUUGCUGAAAUGAAACUUCUAGCACCAUCAUCACAUCUUAGCAAGAGAACUGCCGCAUCUCAAUGCGCUGUUAUAGCUGCUGUAUCAAGGUGCUAAACGCUUCAGUGCAGGACUUCUGCUGCGACUGUCCGUGCACCAGCCGCGAUUGUGCGUUCGCAUGCCCUUGGUUAUACUGGUGCACCCUUCCCUCUUGUAUCGCAACCAGUGUUCGCUAAAGAAAUGUACCGCUCUGCAGUAUUGACAGUUGCUCUAGGCGUUGCUAUAUGCGGUGUCUGUCUGUUUUGUUGUGGCUUCUUGCUCCAAAGACAAGCUAUCGAAGAACAUAGUGAAUGCUCUGACAUCACAGUCUUCUACCGAUCUACUGGGAAGUCCACGGCCCUCCCUAGCCCAAUUUGCUGGUAUCCGGCAAAGUUUAAGAAAGUGGUAAUUUUGCUAAUCGACGCCUUGAAGCUGGAGUUCGCUCUGUAUGGACCCCCGUGGGAUGAAAGCGAGCAUUAUCGAAACAAGAUGCCCGUUUUCUCCGAGUUGUCUGCUGGUACCGGCGCUGAGCGCACCGUUUUGCUCAAGUUUGUGGCGGAUGCCCCCACUACAACAGUGCAGAGGUUGAAGGCAUUGAUGACUGGAGGACUGCCGACGUUUAUUGACGCUGGUACUAAUUUUUAUCAAACUGAGGUGCGAGAAGACAAUUUGAUCAGUCAGAUGUUCAAGAUGGGCAAGAAGGUUGUGUUCAUGGGCGACGACGCUUGGGUCAACCUUUUUCCUGGAAAAUUCGCCCGUGCGUACGCGUACCCCUCGUUUGUAGUAAAGGAUUUACACACAGUCGACAAUGGUGUUCUCGAACACCUUUAUCCGGAGCUGGACAAUCCAGAUGGAUGGGAUGUUCUGGUGGCUCACUUCCUUGGCGUGGACCACUGCGGUCAUUGGCUAGGCCGGAAUCAUCCAGCCAUGGCUGCCAAGCUCACCCAACUUGACCAGGUGAUAAGAUCAGUGGUUUCAAAAAUUACUGAGGACACCCUACUCUUGGUGAUGAGUGAUCAUGGAAUGACGAUUGAUGGUGACCAUGGUGGAGAAACAGAAGAUGAAAUUGAGGCAGUGCUUUUUCUCCAUGCCAAGAAACCUUUUCUGUCACCUCAGAGCAAUGCAAGUUUUGUGACCGAAACAUCCAGUCCUCCUUCCAUAGCCCAGGUGGAUCUUGUGCCCACUUUAUCAAUGCUUUUUGAUGUGCCCAUUCCAUAUUCUAACCUUGGCUCUUUGAUGCUACAAGCUUUUCCGGGCAUUGAGAUGGAGCAUGCUGUUCCAGGCCAGCUACUGCCACUUUGGCUGAAUGUUCAGCAGGUGGCGCGUUACUUAGGCAAGGUUCCCAACACUCCCCUGCAUCCAGAACUGAGAAUGCAGAAACUGCGGCAGCUGUGGGACCGAUGCCUUGAUGAGCAAGGAAGUGCUGAAGCAACCAGGGAUUUCAUCAAUGCCUCCGUGGCAUUCCUGCAGGAUGCAAGACAUGCCGCCCAUGAGGUCUGGGCUACAUUUGACAUCCCUCGUAUGUAUGCCGGCUUAGCAAUGGCUGUACUUGGAUCACUGUUGCUGCUAUGCUGGUGCUGUUAUCACCUUAGAGAAGGAAGUGCCUCUGAUGUACUGAGGAGCCCUACAAGUGUUUGUGCUGUUUGUUGGCUCUUGAUGCCCUUCUCCAACAGCUUUGCUGUAGCUGAACACAAGGUGGUUCUAUACCUCUUUCAAACAUUGCUUGUGGCAUCCAUCAUCUGCAAGGGCCCUGUCACAUUGAGCACUAGUCGGAGCCGUGCCUUGACUUUGUGCCUAGUGGGCACACUAACAGCUACAAGGCUGUCAGCGCUGUUCUGGCGCUGUCGGGAAGAGCACCUAGGUCAGCCAUGUGAAGAGAGCCUUCUACAGAAGAACCCCUCGGAGCCUCAGUCAUGGGGCCUUGAGCGAGUGCUGGCGGCAAGUGGCGGCGCCAUACUGCUGACUUGGUGUUCAUGGCCACCACGAGCUUCUGCUGGCCUCGCUGGUGCUUUGGCAAGGGUGGGCCUGAUGGCUGCUACUGGUGCCUUACUGGCACACUGGUUUGUCCAGCUCAAGCCACCUGCCACCAUCCAGAAUGUGCUUGGCUCUCACCAGGAGCUUCUUCCAAACACAGCUAUGGUGAUGAGCAUAGCUUUGGCACUGCUUGGCUGGGCUGUGCCCCACUCACCCCCAGGGAAUAUGAGCCUGCUGCCUGCAUCUGCCUUGCUGUUCCUUUUGACUCUGGCUGGCGAAAGCUAUGCACUACCACUUUGCUUGAUGGUUGCUGCCCUUUGGGGACUUUCAAACCUGUGGUCUUUGCUGCCUCCAACAGAUGUGUGGGGACCAUUGCUGUGCUGGUUGCUCAUGGGCCAGCUGGGCUUCUUUAGCACAGGCCAUCAGACGAGCUUCUCGACAAUCCAUUGGAAAGUGGCAUUUGUGGGUGCACCCAUAGAUCAGCCACCCAUGACCCUGGGUGCAGUAAAAGUGCUGCUGAACACGUUUGCUGGCCCAUUAGUGGCAGGUGCCAGCCUUCCCGUCAUGCAAGGCACAUUUUGUACACAAGGCAUGUCUCCUAUCAUGAAGCAAGUUAUGCCAUUUGUUGCUUACUGUACACUACUUCUGCUGCAGGUCUGCAGCACAAUGGCGUCAUGCUUGCUUCUGCGCCGUCACCUAAUGGUGUGGACUAUAUUCGCACCACGACUUGUUUUUCAAGUGUUGUCAGCAUUUUUCAGCAUUGUGGCAGUCUUCAUUGGUUGGGUGACAUCACGAAGAAUAUUGUCAAGGACACAAAUUUUUCAUAUAGACUGAUUUGUGUCAUUAGCAGUACUGUAAUAGGUCUUAAAAUAUUCUAGGUUAACUCAACAGUAGACUCUAUUGUCUUCACAAAGAAGGCAUAGAUUUGAAAAAUUGAAAAUCAACCAUCUGUGUCACAGUGUUGGGAAGUCAGUGCCUGUGGACAGGAAUGGAAAGUUGCAUGAGGUGCUUAGAUUGCAUGGUUUCUCCAGGUCACAUCACUCUGAGAAACCUCAUCUUUGAGGCAACACUUCACUGCCUGUACAAAUACUUCUUGUAUACAUUCCGACGAGAGUAGUAAUACUGCCCGUAUUUAGUGGCCGUUUACACGGCUCAGUUUUUUUCACUGCCUUCAUGCUUCUUUCAGACUAACUAGUCAGUGGCGGGAGUUUACUGUCAUUGUAGAGUGCCCAGUAUAUUAGCAGUAUUUUGGUCUGCUGGGGACAAAAAUCUUUGAGGCAGCAUCUGUGGCACUGGACAUAUGAUGUUUCGGAUCAGCCAUUGUGUGAUUUGUAGUGUUCACUUUUUAUUAAUAUACAUUAGUGUGGCUUAUAAAAGAAGUUGACUGACAUUUAUAUGCAGUUUGUUGAGUGCUGAAGCUGUCUGUGUGGACAUGAAUCUCGAAGAUCAGCCACGGUAUUGCUGAAGGUAGUCUAAAAUAUUAAGCUGUAAAAUAUCAUCACAUGCUUGUUUUUGCCUUGUCUUAAAACAUUGUACAGACUUACGUUUUAUUCUUUUAUUACUCAUAUUUUUCUUUUGACUUAUAGUGCAAACCUCCCUGCCACAAUGUUGUUGCUUUAGGCUCCUCUCAUUACUUCCCUUUAAAACAAAAAUUAUUAUUCAUUGUCAAACACAAAUCUGUGGCUCAUCUUGUUAUGUCUAAGCAGGUUCAUUGGUUUUUAAAUCUUAUUAAGAUUAAAAAAGUUGGGGUAUCUCCA